AUGUACAAAGCUUUCCUAAGAGGGAACCUCUNACUAGUAUUCAUACAAUCUUAUUCAAACCAGGCUUCAUGGUCAGCUUUAUCUGAAGCUCUGGUAGAGAAUACAUUGAACGGAGUUUGGAAUCUCAGGGUUGGAGGUUGUGGAGUAUCUUCAUCUCAACCCUUGGAUUCUCUAGCUGUGCAAACCAUCAUACCCGGAGCAGAUUCGAAGAUUCUCCACCUUCCACCAACCCUCAGAAGAAUUUUCUCGCCUGCGGAGAAAUCUGUCCCGUCUUUGCUCGAGCUGAGUUUGAAAGCAGUAUAUAGGAGUAUAUGGAGAGGAAGGAUUGGUUUUCAUGUUUCUCCUCCUUCACAGAUACAAACUCAUAUCAGCUCAUGUCACCUACUGGAGGAUGAUUCCUCUAGUUCUGAUCUAUACCUGGAUCCAACCAUCCUUCCUCUUACUCUCCAGCAUGUUCUGGAGCUAGGACCAACAAGUUUCUGUAGUUCUCCAUUUUGUAAUCUCCCUAUUUUCUUGGAAACAUGCUUAGAGAUCAUUUUAAAGCAGGUUCAGCGGAACUCAUGGGGAUCCGGAGAACCACAGAUUGCAAGAGUGUUGUCCUCCAGACUGUAUUGCAGUCCGUCCUGUCGGAGCAAAUAUUUAAGAAAAUCAGUCUUGGAGUGGGAGAAGGUUCUCCUCAAAUCUUCUCUACCCUGGGAUAUCAUCACAGUUGAUUCUUCUCCUAUCAGAAAUAAUAAUGAGUCAUGAAUGAUUAGCAAACUGGAUCUUAAAUAGGAAAACUAGUGAUUCACAAGGCUACGCCCCAGUUUCAAUCAGGGUUAGAAAACUUCAUGCUGUAUUAUUCAACUUGAUUCAAAAAUAGUUAUAUUUUGUUAAACUGUUACAUAGUUUAUCGUAUACUAAUAAUGAAAACCUUUGAAUUAAUUGCCUAUUCUUUUACUUUAAAAUGUAGAAAAACAUCGAAAUAUAUUUUCCACUUUGAA